UGGGCUUCGCUGCCUGGGCACCAUGGAAGGCUAUGUGAUCUCUCUCCUCCUGUUGGGGACCCUGGCUCUGCCGGAGACCUGGGCAGGCUCGCACUCCAUGAGGUAUUUCGAAGUCGGUGUGACCCGGCCCGAGCUCGGGGAGCCGUGGUACCUCGAAGUGGGCUUCGUGGACGAUCAGCAGUUCGUGCGCUUCGACGGCGACGGCGCGAGUCCGAGGAUGGAGCCGCGGGCGGCGUGGAUCGAGCGGGUGGGCCAGGAGGACCCGGGCUACUGGGAGGGGCAGACGAGGAACGCCAGGGGGAACGCACAGGGUUACCGAGAGGGCCUGGAGACCCUGCGCGGGUACUUCAACCAGAGCGCGGGCGGUGUCCACACUGUCCAGAGCAUGUACGGGUGCGAGCUGACCCCGGAGCUCACCUUCAAGCGUGGGUUUCGACAAUACGCCUACGACGGGGUGGACUACAUCGCCCUGGACACGGACACCUACACGUGGACGGCGACGGCGCCCCAGGCCGAGAACACCAAGCGCAAGUUGGAGGCGGAGAGGAGCAUCGCGGAGGGAGUGAAAGCCUAUCUGCAGGAGACGUGCGUGACGUGGCUGAAGAAGUACCUGGAGAUGGGGAAGGGGACGCUGGGGAGGACAGACCCACCCUCUGCCCGAGUGACCCACCACACUGACCACCAUGGGGAGGUGACCCUGCGGUGCCGGGCCCAGGACUUUUACCCCUCGGACAUCUCCCUGACGUGGCUGAGGGAUGGGGAGGAACAGCUCCAGGACACAGAGUUCAUUGAGACCAGGCCUGCAGGAGAUGGGACCUUCCAGAAGUGGGCAGCUGUGCAGAUGGCCCCGGGCCAGGAAGGCAAAUACACCUGCCGAGUUCAGCAUGAGGGGCUGUCUGAGCCCCUCACCCUGAAAUGGGAGCCACAGUCCUCAUCUGCCUGGUACAUUGUGGGGGGUAUUGUUGCUGGCCUCCUCCUCCUCAUUGCAGUCAUUGCUGGAUUUGGGAUCUGGAGGAAGAAGAAUUCAGGUGGAAAAGGAGGUGACUAUGUUCAGGCUGCACGCAAUGACAGUGCACAGGGGUCAGAUGUCUCUCUCACAGCCAAAGCUUGAGAAAAUUGCCCUGAGAAAGAACAUCUUUUAGUCCUUGCUUUGUUCCUGUUGACCCCGACUUCUCUCCCAGUGCUGGCCCCUGGGCUCAUUUCUGGACUCUAGUGACCCAAGCGCAGGGUGGCAUCAUCCGAGCCCUCCCUCUGUUCUCUAAGGCCUCCCUCCCCGCUUCUUUCUUUCUGCCUGUCUCACUCUUCGGGGAGACAACCAGCAGUAAGGGCCAGAGGGCUUUGGGAACGAGCCCUCCUUACAUCUGAUGUUGCCCUGACCUCUGGGAUCUUUGUCUCUGCACAAACAGCCUAAUGAAUGAAUGUUCUUGAGUCUUCAGAUUUUCUGCACAAUCUCAGCUUUGCUUCCCAUUUGGGUGGAGGACUGUGGGGGACAGGAUGACAAUGUGGAAAUGUUCUGGCCACAUGAAGGUGAAAAUAAAUGAAAGUUUGGAGACAUCUGAGAAGC